GGCCGCUUUGAUGUCCAUCACACACACGCAUACGAGAAUGGCUGCAGGCGCGACUGACUUAAUAAUAAAGGGCAUCCAUCAAUAGAUACAUCGACAUCGAUCAUGUCAUGCACACGUGUCUGCAAUGCAAUGCAAUCCACGUUUAUCCAUCGAUCAUGCAACUCACCGGCAACCGUCCAGUGGAUGGCGCAAAUAACCCAGAAAUCAUCACGACAACUUUACUACCAGCAAAGAGGACAGACGCACAGACGGCCCAGCAAGUGCGACAGCCCCCGCCCCGCCACACCGAUCAUCACACAAAGUGACACAACCGAGAAAGUGAGUACUCAGACACGUCAGUCGGUCAGAACAGUCCACCCAUGGGCCAUGGAUCAAUGCAUGGAUGGAUGGGUCAGUCAGGCAGUCGAUGCGACCGUCGUGACUGUCGCAUCAUCUCCGCCGUCGUCCUCGGGGUCCUGGGCGUUGGUGGCCUUGCCCACCACACUCACAGACACAGCCGGAGUCGCCUGAUGCAAAUGGCCCGCUGACGGGCGAAUUGCCCGGGCAGCCGCACGGCGAUUCGCCUCUCUCCGCGAUGCAGCGACACACCACCACAGCAGUGACACCAGUGCGCCCAGAGGCCCACACGACCAGCAGAUCAUCCAGUAGGGGGGAAAGGCGGCGGGGCAGCGGGCUCCCUCCAGGCUGCUGUUGGAUUCAUCGAAGCACAUCUUAAAGUCGGUGAGGCUCAGCCACACACUGAGGGUCACAAUGGGCAGACAGAAAGCCUCCGUGAAAAGGCUCGCGCCGAUGAUGUCCCAGGGAAAAGGCGACCGACCACAGACAGCCGCUGCCAAGAAGAUGCCGCCAACGAUAGCCACCGCCGGGAGGACCCCGCCAAUGGCGACGGAGACAAAGGUGCCCGCCUUCCUGUACUCUCGCCACAUGGCAGCUGCCUUGCCGUCGCCCUUCGCCGUACUGUGAUCGACAAGGAAGCUGUAGGACGCCCAGCACUCACAGGUCUUGUUAUUUCCAGGGACCCGGGGACCGGAAUCCAGCCGGGGGAAGCACUCCUGGAAUUCCUGCCGCCCAAAGGGCGACGAGAUGGCAUGCGGUCUGCAUCGAACGGUGCCGUUGUUGCCGACGAUCUCCAGCGUUAGCCGAUACGCAUACAGCCCACAGCGUUGCUUUACCUCCGCAUAUCCAUCUUCCAGGAAGACUCGCUGGUGGGAUUCUCGCCAGCCCGGCAUCAAGACGGUCGUGAUAAUCAUCAGCACCACAAAGAUGGGAGCGAAACACGUGAGGACCCUCUUGUCCUGGUAGGCAAAAUACCAGCCGUCGCAGCGGCAGUCGCCGGGAGCACACACAACGUCCACCGCCUUGUCCCACGCGGUAGCCAUCCUGUGUGCACACACAGACGCACCCAACUCAUUGUGUAUGGGAUGUCCAUCCUCCGUUGCUUGCCUGCACUUGGGGCAGCGGUGCACGCGGAGAGCGAUGCCGGCGGGAGGAAAUGCUGUUUUUGAGAGAAGAGAAAAAAG